CUGUUUCCGACAGAAGUACAAAGGUUGGCUCACAACUAUGCCUCCCUUGAACUGCCUCCGAUGAUGAUCUCUGAACAACUUAGUUGUUCCUCCCAUGAGAUAAUUCAUGGGUUUACCGAGGAGGCACGUUCGUAUUUUUUACAUAUUGAAUCUAUUGGUCUUUAAUUGCUUCUGCUGUUCUAUAUAUUGUCCACAUGCUACUUGAUUGGAUUCUCUUCCUGGUUGAUAGUUCUUGUAAAUUCAAGUUUUUUCUUAUGUUAUUGCACAGAUCUGACAGAUUUAUUUUAGUCUUUUAUGAAGUUCUUUAGCUAAUACAUAUAUUUUCUCAGACCUGAUGAUUCUUUGACAAUGAUGAUGUUCUUAAUAGAUGCAUACAAGUUUUUUUCUUACUUGUUAAGAUGUUGAUGAUCUUAAUAGAUGCAUACCUAUCUACUUAAAAAGUAAUUUGUGUGAAAAUGAUAGAUUAAAAAUCUAAUAAAGGCCAUUUGAUUUUGGUGAUGUCGUUUGUUAAUAAUCAAAAUUCUCUGUAUUUAUUUGGUGAUUCUGAUAUUUUUUUGGUAGUAGUUAACUUUGAUUCGUAAACUUUACUAUAAAAUAUAGUAUUUAUUUAAUUUUAAGAUUAUUAGUGUCCAACUUUUGAGUGCCGCGUCAUUGUUUGAGAAGGACGCCAUUUUCGUUCAGGAUUUUCAAAAGAUUUCCAAUUACCUCCAAUAAAUUUGAAUUUUUUCAAAACGCGGUUUAGAUUUUUUGAUUUUCCGAUUCUGUCCUUGUAAGUGGCCGGCAAAAUCUAUUAUUAUAAUCUACUAUAAAUAGCAGUUGUGUUCGUUAAAUCAAUUUUUCCCCAAACAAUCUCUAGAUUUCCUCUUGAGAAAGCUAAUUCAUCCGUUCCAACUCUAGCUUGCUAAAGAAGUCAAAGGAACAUGGAUCCUUCUGUUCUCGGUGGCCGAUCACCAGGUGUAUCUCAACAGGCUCCCUUGUCUGUUCUUCGUGGCGGAUCUGCGACAAGUCCGAUCUAUAUUAGCAGUGGGGAGUCUUACUCGUCUAGCAGUGGGGAGUCUGACUCGUCUGCAGAUGUAUCUCAACCAAAGCCUGUAGUUGGUGGUUCACAGCAAAAUCGUUACCGCCCUUUGUCGUAUGCUGACUUCCCCCACGGAUCCCGAAACUCGGAAAGUGAUUCUCCUCCGGUUUUAACUUACGAUUUAAGCCGUGUUCGGUCUCUUCGUGGACCAACUCCUCCCAUCGCUAUGCAAGAUGGAACUCCUUGUGCCACGGUUCCUUUUGGAACCCUACCCAGUUAUGGUGUUGAUGGGGGUAUUUUCAAGUUUACGUUUCCAGACAAGUCUCCAUUAUCCCCUAAGGCCCCUAAAAUGGUGGUUGUUCUUGGCGCUGACGAAGCUAUUCUCUACGAGGGGAAUUCAAAACGUACUGUCAUGCUUUCAAACAAGACCUGCACCAUCUCGUUUCCUGCUGGUGGUCAUGUGAACGUGCGACCUGGUGGAGAGAUUUGGUACCAACUUUGGUGGAGAGGUAUUAUUCCGUUUGCUGCUGCUGGAGGAUGUGCUAUUGAGGUUCCUGUUGGUGCUGUAGUCGGUUUUGGAUCGAGCUUUAAGGAGUUUGCUGAUCUUCGCUGGAGUGGCGACGACAGUUUUGUGUGGUGUGGAUAUGAGUUUGACGAUUAAGAUGAAGUGCACGUGUGAGUUGAAAUCCCUUGGUGUGGAUUUGAGGAUUUAGAGUGAACUUGUUAGUUGAAAUCCCAAUAUGUUCUUUUUUUUCACCAAAGCAACUUGCUUUUUAUGUCUUUGUUUACACUCUGAUGACGUUAUCGUAUUAUUGGGUGUUUCUGGAAUUAAGUUAGUAGCUUUAUAAUAUUACUUUCUCUAGUUUUGUUGAAUUAAGGAUUCAUAGGAUGUUUUCUGAUAAUGUCGUUCCCGUUUAUAGUAUUGGUAAGUAGACUAAUAACCAAUACUAAUCA